AUGAAUCUCUGCACUUGGAAUGUGAGGGGUAUGAAUGACCCCAUCAAGGUAGGAGAAAUUAAAAAAUUCUUAGCUGAGAAUAAAAUAGUUGUAGUAGCUUUAGUUGAAACUAAAAUAAAAGAAGAAAAUUGUAACAAAAUUCUGAAGAAAUUUGGUUCUGUGUGGCAAUGGGAUUUCAAUUACUCUCACUCACCUAGGGGGAGAAUUUGGCUAGGGUGGAAGCAUGCUGUUGUGACAGUACAGAUUUUGCAGGAAACUGAGCAGAUGAUCCACACUUUUGUUACAGCAAAAAGUGGACAAUUUAGUACAUUCUUCACUCCAGUGCUUAAUGGUAGUAUUGUUACUGCCACUGAAACUAGAGAUUUUGAAGCUUGUAUUGAUGGUGCAGCAUUGGCUGAAUUGAAAUGUUGUGGUCAUUUCUGCUCUUGGAGUAACAAGGGGCAGGGUCUUUCAGACCAUUCCCCUCUUUUAAUGUCCUGCAAUGUCAAUGUGUGUACAGCUGGUAGACCAUUUAAGUUCUUCAACUAUAUGGCAGAUCACCCUAAAUUCUUGCAGACUGUUCAAGCUGGGUGGAGCACUGGGGUUCAUGGGAAUGGGAAUGGGAAUAGGCUUACUCAGGUGUGGACUAAGCUCAAAGUAGUUAAGCAAGGCCUUAAACACCUUCAUCAGCAUGAGUUUGCAAAACUGGAGGAAAGAAUUGAGAACAUUAGAACUGAGUUGAGUCUGGUUCAAACUCAGUUAGCUGAUAAUUCCACAUAUGUGUUACAAUGGACAGAGAAGGAAUUCUCUGAACAGUUGAAAAAGUUCCUUCAUGUGCAAGAAUCUGCUUAUAGGCAGAAAUCCAGAAUUCAAUGGCUGCAAAUUGGGGAUUCCAAUUCAAAAUUCUUCUUUAGUGCAAUGAAGGAAAGACAAGCAAGAAACAGUAUUGAUGUGUUGUAUGACAGUUCUGGGAAGAAGCUAACUACUAUGCAAGAAAUUAAGGGUGAGAUUAGUCAGUUUUACAAAGGACUGAUUAGCACUGCUGCUCCUUCCUUAAUUGGGAUUGAUGUGAAUAUUGUUAGGAAGGGUAAACAGUUGUCUUCUAGUGCAUCUGAUGAGUUGAUACAACAUGUUACAGAAAGUGAAAUUGAUGCUGCAUUAAAAGGAAUCGAUCCUAAUAAAGCUCCAGGAUUAGAUGGCUUUAAUAGUCUAUUCUUUUUGAUGGCUUGGGGAGUUAUUAAAGGAGAUGUCUACAAGGCUGUGCAGGAAUUUUUUUAUCAUUGGGGUUAUGCCAAAGCAAAUUAA